AUGCCGUCCAUUACGACGCAGACAACCAAAAGGGACGUCUUUCACCUCUCGCACCUCCAGAAGGAGCUCAUCCUCGCGGCCGUCGACGCCAAGAGCGCGUUGGGUGGCGUCAUUGUCUACUCAACGUACUCGGUCAUGGUCGAAGAGAACGAGGCGGUCGUCGGGUAUGCGCUCAAGAAGCGCGCAGUCAAGCUCGAUGACUGCGGCCUCAAUCACGGCAAGCCCGCGCUUCAGAGCAUGACGCUCACGCGCCGCUUCGACCCGCACGUGCCCAACAUGGACGCCUUUUUCGUGGCCAAGUUCAAGAAGUACGCCAACGCCAAGCCCGACGACAGCUCCGAGGACGACAGCAACAAGGACGAAUCUGACUCGGACAACGAGUCCAAUGAACCCUCCAAGCGCCAGCUCGAGAAGGCCAACAAGAAUGCGGCCGAUGCCGACGACGAGGCCAGUGAGGACGACGCCGAGGAUAAAGUGGCGGCCGAAGUUUUGGAAGACGAAGAGGAAGCGGAGGAGGAGGAAGAGGAGGCCGACGUGAUAGCCAAGCCCGUCAAGACGCAGCAAAAGACGGCAGCCAAGCCCGCGGCGCCUGCGGCCAAUAAGAUCCAGGGCAAGAACCAGCCGAUAGGCAAGGGCAGCAAAAUCGGCAUGUCGAUGACGUUGAACACCAAGUCCAAGCAGGCUCGCUUCAUGGCCAACAAGUUUGCCGAGGCGCGCAUGAAGAAGGCCAAGAAGUAA